GAAAGAAGCCGAGCAUACUCCAUUGAACGCACCAGAACACACACCCUGGCAGACUCUCUUGCGAUGUUGACCCACCCUGGAGUAUCUCCUCAUCGCCUGGAUCUCAAACAGGACUGCAUUUGGCAUUUGCGCCAUUCAACGAAACAUCUCGGUACAAAAGGGAGUAGUCAGAAACGUGCGAUUGUGCUGCAUCGUCGGUUCGUCGAAGUCCAACUAUUCUUGAAUACAUUCAAAAGCCACUGAAUACCCCGCAUCAGCUGACGCUUCUUGGACUUGAACCAAGUGGCACCUCAGCAAGGACUCCGGAAACAACAACCACCGACAACGCGCCCAACACUGCAGCCAUCGUGACAUCCUCAUGUCACAUACUUUCAAAUGAUGUUGGCAACAACAGCAGACGCGAGUAUUGGACGUGCGUUUGACAAGGCAGCCCGAACACUUGGCCUAUCCUGGGGAACCAGAGGCCCUAGUGCAGCACUCGAAGAGCUCUGCCGCAUGAUAAACGAUGAACUGGAAUCCCUACCCGACAUCCAACCAUUCACCAUUCGAUCCCGGGAAAACCUGCCUUUUCCUUUUUCACGUGAAAUUGCCCCGGCUCGUGCAUUCCAGACAGCUGCAGCCCAUCAACUCCGUGCUAAGCUUACGUUGAGCCUUCGAAAUCUCAAGCUGAAAGGCGUGAACGUCAGGGAUGUCGCCCUUAGCGGCGGGGUCGCCAGCAACAUCUUUUUACGCGAAAGGCUCCGAGCAGCACUGGAUGAGUACAGCGCAUAUCGCUCCAUUCCCCCCGCUAGAAUUAUGCACAGGCAUUGGUCCCUCGCUGGUGACUAUGAUGACUAUACAGUAGACCUUCGUGCCAAGUGGAGCAUUGAGAAUAUCAGAUGGAAGAAGGUUUUUUACAUUUGGGUGGCGAAUAGCAAGUCCACUAGUGGUGUGCGCGAGAGUCUCGUUGAUUCCAAGCGCAUGAAACCGAAUGACUGAGUGGUAGUUCCUUGUAGCUCUAAGUAGUAUUGAUAUAUGAAACCCACGUGUGAUGGUAUAAUGAACAAUGUAAAUUCUUGUCCGCACACUGGCUGUGCGAUGAUCUAAUGAAACUCACAAGUCCUAUCUCACGAAGAGGCGGAUGAUACUUGAUACAUACAUACUAGUACUGAUACAUCACGCUGAUGAGUAGGAAUCCAUCUCUACCGUCACCUCAAUGGGCCGAUGUGGCUAAAGCGUGACAAUCAGUACUCUUCCAUGGCCAGUGACGCAGCUACUAACUAUAGCAGAUUGGGUAAGAUGCAUCACAUCAUCGCCGGGAUGUUUAAACAUGUUUUUCCGGGAUCCCUGGAAUUCCUCGUCUUGGGACGCCAUAACGUUCAGCUCUGGACGGUAGAUGCCAUGGCGCAUAUGGACAUC